AGAUUGACGCUUGAACAAACUGCACUGCACCCCUUUUUUUUUUUUUUGUUGUUUUUAAAAAAUGCUGAUUUCAGUUCCUUGUGCCACCUACUGCAACCUGUAAAUAUGCUAAUUAUUUGACGUAAUGAAGAAGCAUCAUCUCAGUCCCGUGACUGUGCUCAUCAACACAUUCUUUCCGCCCUCGAGGGGCAAUCUCGUCUGACUAAAGCCCUGAUGGUCACUGCAAUAACUGCUUGCUGAAGAUUUUGAAAAUACCCCGAAAUGGCAAUGCAGAAGAAUAAUUUCAAUGUAUAUUGCGUUGGAACUGCGGAUACAAAGUUACAGGAGCUUCAAUUCCUAUCAGAAUGCCUCAAAUUCAGUUUAGAUCGUUUCUUAAAGGGAUCCUCCUUAAAGGUAAAAGUGAUGAUUGUUGAUGUUUCUGCUAGCCAAAAUGAAACUGUGUGUGAGAAAAAUGCAGAGUUUGUGACAAGGCAAGAGGUUCUUUCCUGCUAUACUGAGACUGUGACUGCCCACCUUCCCGAUGAAAGAGCUGAAGCCGUGAAAAUAAUGAGUGAGGCACUUAAAGUUUUCCUUGGAAAAUCUCAUGGGGAAGGAGUUCUUGGAGGAGUCAUUGGCCUUGGAGGAACUGGGGGGACUUCCUUAAUAGCUACUGCACUGAGAUCUCUUCCACUUGGGGUGCCUAAACUCAUUGUAUCCACAGUGGCUAGUGGGCAAACUGAACCAUAUAUUGGGAUAUCAGAUUUGAUUCUUUUUCCAUCAGUAGUGGACAUAUGUGGGCUUAACAGUGUCAGCAGGGCUGUGAUAUCAAAUGCUGGAGCUGCUUUUGCUGGGAUGGUAGCUGGAAAACUGAUCAAAUUGGGUUCUUCCGAUGAAACCAAAGCAAAGAUUAAUGUUGGGAUGACAAUGUUUGGAGUUACAACUCCAUGUGUAAAUGCUGUGAAAGAGAGGCUGAUGAAAGAAGGUUACGAGACACUUGUGUUUCAUGCUACUGGAGUUGGUGGUAAGGCCAUGGAGAACCUUGUUAGAACUGGUUAUAUUCAGGGAGUUAUUGACAUUACAACAACAGAAGUCGCUGAUCAUUUGUUGGGGGGUGUCAUGGCCUGUGAUAGUUCAAGGUUUGAUGCCAUUUUAGAAAAUAAAAUCCCACUAGUCCUUAGUGUGGGUGCUUUAGAUAUGGUAAAUUUUGGAACUAAGGAUACAAUGCCUUCUCAAUUUAAAGGCAGGAAGAUCCAUGUGCAUAAUGCCCAGAUCUCUCUUAUGCGUACUUCUGUGGAGGAGAACAAGAAAUUUGCGCAAUUUAUAGCGACCAAGUUGAAUAGGUCAUCAACAAAGAUCUGCAUUUUACUCCCUGAAAAGGGUAUCUCCGCUUUGGAUGCACCAGGAAAGCCUUUUUACGAUCCGGAGGCUACAGGUGCUCUUAUAAAUGAGCUAGAGAAUCUCAUUGACAGAAAUGAGAACCGACAGGUGAAGAGAUUACCAUGCCACAUUAAUGAUCCUGAGUUUGUUGAUGCGCUGAUUGAGUCGUUCUUGGAGAUAAGUCAUGGGGUGCAGGAAAAUGCAGCUCCUAAUCAAGUGACUCAUGUCGGAACUGGUGGUAAUAUGGACAAGGAAGAAGCACCUUUACAUGAAGCUGGGCCGACGAGUAAAAUUCUUUGGCAUAAGCCAAAAGAUUUUCCUGAUGCUAGACCAGAAACUCUGGAACGCACCCAAGGAAUACUUCAGCAACUGUGGCAACAAACAGAGGAAGGGCUCCCAAUAAUAGGGGCUGGUGCAGGCACUGGAAUAUCUGCUAAGUUUGAGGAAGCAGGAGGUGUAGAUAUUAUAGUCCUGUAUAACUCCGGGCGCUUUAGAAUGGCUGGAAGAGGCUCUUUGUCUGGUUUGUUGCCUUUUGCAGAUGCCAAUGCUGUGGUGCUUGAGAUGGCCAAUGAGGUUCUACCUGUGGUGAAGCGAGUGCCAGUUCUUGCUGGAGUAUGUGGAACUGAUCCAUUUCGUCGGAUGGAUUAUUUCCUAAGGACCUUAGAAUCCAUUGGGUUUGCAGGGGUCCAGAACUUCCCAACUGUUGGCCUUUAUGACGGUGGCUUUCGCCAGAAUCUAGAAGAGACAGGAAUGGGAUAUGAGUUGGAAGUGGAGAUGAUCCGGAAAGCACAUAGUAUGGGUUUCUUGACGACACCGUAUGCUUUCAAUCAAGAUGAAGCUGUAGCCAUGACAAAAGCUGGAGCCAAUAUCAUAGUGGCGCACAUGGGACUCACCACUUCAGGGUCUAUUGGUGCAAAAACAGCAGUCACCUUGGAAGAGAGUGUUUGCCUUGUACAAGCCAUUGCUGAUGCAGCAACUGCAUUCAAUCCAAGAGUUAUAGUGCUCUGUCAUGGAGGUCCUAUCUCAGGUCCCAAAGAAGCUGAGUUCAUAUUAAAGAACACGAAGGGGGUUCAUGGUUUUUAUGGUGCUUCUAGCCUAGAGAGAUUGCCAGUUGAACAGGCCAUUACAAGCAUAGUCAAGCAAUACAAAUCAAUAUCCAUGAACUGAGUCUUUAUGAGUAGGUGGGCCUAUAGAAAGGUUGUCCAGACUGCAGAGAUUUAUAGCUUUAUCUUUGGUCUUAUGAGAAAUUCAUGAAAAUUACCUGCGGUGUCUUCAAAAUGUGUGUUGCUGCUAGAUGCAGAUCUUGGUGGAGUAUUUUUGAAGAGAAGGCCCUGGAUAUACCUAAUAAUGUGUCAGAUACUGUGAAGCAGUAGUGCUUCCCUUCUUAGAGGUUCCAAUACCAAAGAGAUACCUGUUUUUCCUGUUUUGGCUUGUAUUUUGGUGGCCUUUGUGCAUUUUCUUGGACUUAUUUUUAAUCUUUCUUUGUGUCAGGGCUGGUAUUUCAUUGGUCUUUGUGCUCUUUCUUGUAACUUAAUAAUCCUGUGGCUUAUUUCGGUUUUUAUAUUGAAAUCUGUAUAUUGCGUCA